AUGGAGAUCGUCUACGUGUACGUGAAGAAGCGCAGUGAGUUUGGGAAGCAAUGCAACUUCUCUGACCGCCAGGCUGAGCUGAACAUUGACAUCUCACCCAACCCUGAGCUGGCCGCACUGUAUGUGGAGCGGAACCCAGUGGACACAGGCAUCCAGUGCUCCGCCAGUAUGUCGGAACAUGAGGCCAACACAGAGCGGUUUGAGAUGGAGAACUGUGGGGUUAACCACGUCGAGGGGGGCUGGCCCAAGGAUGUGAACCCCCAGGAGCUGGAGCAGACCAUCCGCUUCCGGAAGAAAGUGGAGAAGGAUGAGAAUUACAUCAACGCCGUCAUGCAGCUGGGCUCGAUCAUGGAGCACUGCAUCAAGCAGAACAAUGCCAUCGACAUCUACGAGGAAUAUUUUGAUGACGAGGAGGCCGUGGAGGUGACUGAAGAGGCCCCUUCAGCCAAGACCAUCAAUGUCUUCAGGGACCCUCAGGAGAUCAAGCGGGCAGCCACACACCUCUCCUGGCACCCUGAUGGUAACAAGAAGCUGGCCGUGGCCUAUUCCUGCUUGCAGUUCCAGCGCUCGCCCGUGGGCAUGAGCCACGACUCCUACAUCUGGGACCUGGAAAACCCCAACCGACCUGAGAUUGCCCUGAAGCCACCGUCUCCUCUCAUCACCCUGGAGUACAACCCUAAGGAUUCCCACGUUCUCCUAGGGGGCUGCUACAAUGGGCAGAUAGCCUGCUGGGAUACCCGGAAGGGCAGCCUGGUGGCAGAGCUGUCCACCAUUGAGUUCAGCCACCGAGACCCAGUGUACGGCACCAUCUGGUUGCAGUCAAAGACAGGCACCGAGUGCUUCUCAGCGUCCACGGAUGGGCAGGUCAUGUGGUGGGACAUCCGCAAGAUCAGCGAGCCCACCGAAGUUGUCAUUAUGGACAUCACCAGAAAGGAGCAGCUGGAGAACGCCCUGGGCGCCAUCUCCUUGGAGUUCGAGUCUACCUUGCCAACCAAGUUCAUGGUGGGCACUGAACAAGGCAUUGUCAUCUCCUGCAACCGCAAGGCCAAGACGCCAGCGGAGAAGAUCGUUUGCACCUUUUCUGGCCACCACGGCCCCAUCUAUGCCCUCCAGAGAAACCCCUUCUACCCAAAGAACUUUCUGACUGUCGGCGACUGGGCUGCCCGCAUCUGGUCUGAGGAGAGUCGGGAGUCAUCUAUCAUGUGGACCCGGUACCACAUGGCUUACCUCUCUGAUGGAGCCUGGAGUCCCGUGAGACCAGCGGUUUUCUUCACUACCAAGAUGGAUGGGACCCUGGACAUCUGGGACUUGGUGUUCAAGCAGUGUGACCCUGCCCUCAGCCUGAAGGUAUGUGACGACCCACUCUUCUGCCUCCGAGUUCAGGACACCGGGUGUCUCAUCGCCUGCGGCUCCGAACUGGGAACCACCACUCUGCUGGAGGUCUCCAGCAGCCUCUCUACUCUGCAGAGGAAUGAGAGGAACAUAGCUUCUUCCAUAUUUGAACGUGAGACCCGGCGGGAAAAGAUCCUAGAGGCCAGACACCGCGAGAUGCGGCUGAAGGAGAAGGGCAAGGCAGAGGCUAGAGACGACGACCAGAGGGAGGAGGAGACAGCCCUGGACCUCAAUGAGCUAGUCAGCAAAGCCGAGGAGGAGUUCUUCGAAGUCAUCUUCGCAGAGCUGAAGAGGAAGGAGGCAGAGGCCUUGAAGAAGAAACCGAAGAUUAGGAAAAAAGCAAGUAUAGAUGUGGAAGGCGAAGAUGAGCUAGAAGAUAUGGCUGGAGAGGAGGAAGAAUCUGGUAUCAUAAUGGGUGAAGAUACAGGUGAAGAGGACAUGGAUGAGAAGAAUGAGGGCGGGGCCACCUAGGGCAGCCUCUGCCCACAACACUGCCUGCCCCUUCGCGCUCACGGCUGGCCUUCCAUUUGAUGCCGUCUCAUCUGAAAAGCGCAAAGUUGAGUUUCCUUCUUCAGUUAUCAUUGGUGGGGGACAGAUCAGGGACAAGUUACUGGGCCAAGCCCCAUGUGCAUGCUUCUCUAGUGUGGGAAAGGGUAGGACUUGUCUCUGUGCUAACUCCCCUGGCCUCUGCAACUCUGAGGCUAACUCAGACUCGGGGCACACACACAGCCUCAAGUCAGACAUUAGAUGGGUCCCUAGAUUCUGCUUAUCACGGGUUAUCCAAUUAGUAGUUACCAAUGGCUUUCUCCAGAAGCUUCCAGAGCUCAUCUGUGAGCUUGCCUUGGUGCCCAGGGGCCUCCGGAGCACCUGCACAGGGGCAAGUUUCUCUCUCUGUCUCUCUCUCUGUCUCU